CCCCGGCACCCGAGCGGGGCUUUAAAGCGGCUGCGGGGUCCGUGCGGGGGGUGCCGGUUCCCGCUGCCUUCGCCCGGCCAUGGCCCGGGACCCCGGCCCGCCCGUGCGGCCGCUGCCCGCAGCGCUGCCCGCCGAGCCCCGCGGCUGGGGCUGGCCGGGAGCGGGGCUGUGGCCGGCGCUGGUGGUGGGGCUGCUGGCCGCGCUGCUGGCCUGGCUCUGGUACGGCGGAGGGGACGGGAGCGGCCAGGGGAGCGGCCAGGAGGGGUCCCGGCGGGAGGCGGCGGCCACAGGUCAUCUGUCGAGCGGCGGGCAAGGGCAGGCGGAGGGCAAGGCUGCCGCCCUGCGCAGCCCUGGGAAGGCAAGGGAGGACGUGGUGGCUGGAGCCAGGGCAGAGCUGAACCACGUUGCCGGCGGCGGAGUUCCAGGCGAAGCGCUGGAGGUGGAGCGGCUGGUCCCGAAGCAGGGCAGCGCCGGUGCCAGGGAGCAUCCAGCUGACCGGCAAGGCAGCCAGGCAGGCCAGCCGAGACCCCAGGUGGGGCAGGCAAGUGAUGGAUGGUGUGUGAUGGACCUGGCAGGAGCUCCCAAGGAUGGUUACAAGGAGAGAAGUGAGGAGCAGCUGGGUCAGCCAGCUGAGAGUAGGGACUUGGACCACGAAGAGUGGGAAGUUGUUUCUGAGCACCUGGCCUGGGAGGAGGCUGGCAAGAAUGGCAGUGUGGAAGACUCUGACAGCAAGGAGUGGGAACAAGGAGACUGCCCUGAUGGGGACUCCAAAGCAAAGAGGAUUGCAGCUGUGCCCCCCAUGCUUCAAAAUAUCCACGUGACUUUCCGUGUCCACUACAUCACACACUCUGAUGCUCAGCAGCUUGGUGUUACUGGUGACCACGACUGUCUGGGCCAGUGGCACAGCUACGUUCCUCUCAAAUAUGACAAGGAUGGCUUCUGGUCUGCAGCCAUUGUUCUGCCAGCAGACACCAAAGUAGAGUGGAAAUUUAUCUUGGUGGAGAAUGGGAAGGUGAGACGUUGGGAAGAAUGCAGUAAUAGGACCCUAGUGACUGAACAAGAAGAUCAAAUUGUUCAUCAGUGGUGGGGGCACAAUUAAUGGCAUUUUGGAAGCUAAUUAUUGAAUGGCAAACUUGCUUAGAUGACUCACAGAGCCCCUAAACUUUACCCAUUCUUCAGUAGAAGACCUUUUCAAGUGCAGAGCUUUCUAAAUCCCCUAUCAAACCUGGUUAAACUGUGUGAGCAGCAGAUCUUUGCCAUCUCCUUGAGGACAUCAUUUGGCAAGCUGAAAAAUCGCCUUCAAAUGCGUUCUGAAGAUGUGCAAGGUAGGCUACGAAGGCAUGAGCAGUAUUGCCAAGCAGCUGCCCCCCCAGGGAAAUCUGGGCCCUGAACUUGAGUUUGUGUUGCUUUGAGCUGGGGCUAUGGGAUGGAUGAUCUUUGUACCGAUGGCUUAGGGCUUUUGAAGCAUACUAGGGGGUGUGGUUACCUACACUGUAGUAGGAACUUAAGUGUUUUAACUUAUGUAAUGUAUCAAGUGAACAAUAAACUUUCAGAUUGACAGUCUGUUACA